AUGGUGGUGAUGGCGUCAGAGAGGGGUGUGAGUAUGGUGGUGAUGGCGUUAUGGGAGGGGUGUGAGUAUGGUGGUGAUGACGUCAUGGAGCUGGUAACAGUGGAAUGUUUUACCUCAAGAGUUAUCGACUCACAAAGUUUCCUCUGCACGUGCCCGUUGCUACAGAUAAGGAGUGAACUCAUGGCCAUGUUUUCCAGAUUAGCGGUUGAGACAGCCCUGAGCGAUAUCUACUGCAAUAAGGGUACCGAUAUGUCGUCGCUCUUUACUUUACGUAUGGAGGAUGCUAAAUUUCUUCAGUGCAUUGGCACACCCACUGUGUACGCCCCAGCAAUGUCGUGCCCAUGGUGUAACGGAGUCAACUCACUUGUAUGGUGUAAAAUGAAUAUCACGUGUGUCGGUGAAGCCGCUUUCUGUGAGUCUACAUACCUUUUUAACAAUGCAGGCAAUUUUAUUUCAUCCCACUGUCAAAAAAGAACAGUCUGCCUAGAUGAGGAGAGGAACAACCGAAAGAGUUGCAUCUUCAACGGCACCACACAAAUCAGAUGUACCUACUGCAGUUAUGGGGAGGUCGAUGAGCCGAUUAUUGAUGGAGGUUUAUUUACAGAGCACCAUUUUUUCCUGAGUUUCAUUAAGGAACGGGCGCACUCCGAAGAAUAUUCUGACAAUGAUCGUAUAGCAAGUUCUAUCAGACGUACGCUGCACAAUUUUUAUGGUGGGAUUGUUGUACGGGUACAAGACUACUUCCCAGUUGCUGUUGACGAUAAAGUCCGGGUCUCUGCUAUUAUCUACGUCACUGUUCUCAACAUUCAAAAUGUGAAAGAGCUCAAAGAAAAAAUCGCCAAGGAUUUUCUAGACAAAGUACACGAAGAUGCAGGCUACUUCAAGGACCAAAAUGUAGAUCCAAGCUCCAUAUUUCUUGCAGAUUCAGGUAUUUCUUAG